CGUUAAUGGUGCCAUAGUAUUUGUUUCGUUUUGUUUCGUCGCGGAGGCGUUAUUUCAGGCUUGCAAGCUUCAGGAAAGGACUAAGCAGGCGUCCGCAAGCCCGAUCCAUUCCUUGUUUUGCCGCACACCACCGUUCCCAGCGGAGAGCAGAGGGGAAACAGCACGGCGGAGAGGAGUGAGGAGACGGAUAACGGUACUUAGAAGAUCGGGGAUGUACAGCAAACACAGGCAGAAAAGGGUCCGAAUCGCGCCUACAGAAUGCGGAUGCAGGAUGAUUUUGUCCGUCUUAUUGCUGUACACCAUACUGGGAACUGUGAACGGACACGCCGCACAAGGGGACCGUCGAGGACAGUCCACAGUGCCACGCUGGAUCUCCCGGGGACGCACCAGACGAGAGACUGCAGCCACUGCACAGGACCUCUUCCCGGACAGCGGCGAGAUAGCGCUAACAGCUGACGGGAGGGACUUGGUGCUGCAGGUGGAGCGGAAUCAUCUCCUGCUGGGCCCGGACUUCACAGAGACACACUACUCAGAGGAUGGGCUGCCAGUGACACUCAGGCCUAAUCACACGGAUCACUGCUACUAUCACGGACUUGUCGUGGGACAUGCAGACUCCUGGGUAGCGCUGAGCGUCUGUUCUGGAGUCAGGGGACUGAUUGUUUUGAACAUGAAUGACAGCUACUACCUUGAACCAAUCAGAGGGCUGGACUCUCGUCAUCACGUGAUCUAUCACACGAAGCAUCUGGAAAUGCAGGGCGGCUCCUGUGGACACGGGCAGCAGACUGGACAUUCGGGGCUCUUUCCCAGCUUCCUUAAACCUUUGCAUCAAAGGGUGAGACGAAACGUCUGGGGCACGAAGUAUAUGGAACUUUACAUUGUGGCAGACAACAUGCUGUACAAAAGACAAAACCGGGACCUGGGCAAGACCAAACAGCGGAUCAUGGAGAUUGCCAACUAUGUUGAUAAGUUCUACAGGGCCCUUAACAUCCGGGUGCCCCUCAUCGGCCUGGAGGUGUGGACAGACCGGGACCAGUGCAUCGUCAGCGAGGAGCCCAACGCCACACUCUGGUCCUUCCUACAGUGGCGGCAGAAGCUUAAGUCCCGCAAGAAGCAUGACAACGCACAGCUGCUGACGGGAGUCAUCUUCAAAGGCACCACCAUCGGAAUGGCGCCCCUGGAAGGAAUGUGCAGCCAUGAGAACUCCGGAGGAAUCAACGUGGACCACUCCGAGCUGCCCAUUGGGGCAGCAGCCACCAUGGCCCACGAAAUCGGCCACAACUUCGGCAUGAGCCACGACAACGAGGGCUGCUGCGUGGAGGCCACUCCAGAGCAGGGGGGCUGCGUAAUGGCCGCUGCCACCGGGCACCCGUUCCCCAGGGUCUUCAGUCGCUGCAGCAAGAGAGACCUGGAAAACUACUUCCAGAAAGGUGGGGGCAUGUGCCUGUACAACAUGCCCAACAUGAAGGACUUGGUGGGGGGCCGGCGGUGUGGGAACGGCUUCGUCGAGGAGGGAGAGGAGUGCGACUGCGGAGAGCAGGAGGAGUGCACCAACCCCUGCUGCCAUGCCACCAACUGCACACUGAAGGAGGACGCGCAGUGUGCUCACGGGGUCUGCUGCGAGGACUGCAAGCUGAAACAGGCAGGGACCAUGUGCCGCGGCCCGGCCGGGUCAUGUGACCUGCCUGAGUACUGUACGGGGGCGUCUCCCUACUGCCCCUCCAAUGUCUACCUGCUGGACGGCUCCACCUGCCAAGGAGGCCACGCCUACUGCUACAACGGCAUGUGCCUGACACACGAGCAGCAGUGCCUUCAGCUCUGGGGAUACGGUGCCCGCCCUGCCCAUGACGCCUGCUUCCAGGACGUGAACGCCGCAGGGAAUGCCUUCGGAAACUGCGGCAAGGAUGGGCAGGGCAACUACGUGAAAUGUGAGAAGAGUGACGCCAAGUGCGGCAAGAUCCAGUGCCACAGUGCCGCCAAGAAGCCCAAAGGAACUAACGCCGUGCCCAUCGACACCACCAUCCGCACCGACGGCAUAGAGGUCAAAUGCAGGGGGACCUUUGUGUACAGCACCCAGGAUGGCCAGGGGGACCUGCCUGACCCAGGGCUCGUCAUGACGGGCACCAAAUGUGGAGAGGGCAAGGUGUGCCGUGACCGCCGUUGCCAAAAUGCAUCCUUCGUCGAGCUGGAGGCCUGCAUCGCGCGCUGCCACAGCCGUGGGGUGUGCAAUAGCAACAGGAACUGCCACUGUAACCGUGGGUGGGCCCCCCCGCUCUGCGAGAAGCCGGGUCUGGGGGGCAGCGUGGACAGCGGCCCGGUCCAGUACGACAGUCAGCUGGGCUUGGUGGUGGGGCUGCUCUUCGCAUUCCUGGUGCUACUACCCAGUGUCCUCAUCCUCUUCUGCUGCUGUAAGGUCAAGACCUCGCCCUACCACAAGUGGAUGUCGCAGAGGGAGAAAAAUCUCAAAGAGUGUCGGAAGGACGCGGCCGAGCAGAAGGUGAGGAACGGCCACCUGAACCCAGCCUUCCACCUGAAGCUUGUGGGGUCUUCAGGCAAGAACAACACCAAGAAGCUCCCCCACACCAGCAAAGAGGUCCUUCCACUCAGGCCACCCCCUGUUCCCAACGGCAACCAGCCCAUCAACAUCGUCCGCCCUCUACGCCCCGCGCCGUCCCCACGGGUCCAGCGGGAGCCCCAGAGUCCCCGCCCCGCCAUCCCAGUGGCCAAGCCCCCAGCUGCUCCCGCCAGAUCUCCAGAGGUCGCGCAGAAGCUAAGCCCGCCCCGGAAGCCCCUCCCAGUGAUCCCAUCUCGCGCCCCAUUGUUGGUGUCGGGGUUGCGGCCCAUUCCAUCGCCGUCGCCGCCCCAGAGGCCACUGCCGCUCAACCCCAGCCGAGGAGUGUGCCCCAAGCCUUCGGGCGAGUUGCUGGUGAUGAUGCCCCCAACCGUGGGGACCAAACAGGUGGGCACGGUGUCAGCCAUGCCCCCCUUCAAGGCGCUCAGACCCGUUCCCCCGUUUAAGCCUGCUCCCGGUGUGAAGCCAAGUGUACCCUCAUCCCCCUUCCGGAAAUGACCCGUGGAAGACAGCACAACCAGAUGGACUGCAGUCAGCCUAUUUGCACUAUAAAGCCCAUAUAGGGCCAGCGCCAGGGGGCAGUGUGGGACAGUGGUUUUUACAUGGCAAGGCACGCCGAAGGACUAAAUGCGUCCCCUCCUAGGUGUCUCGUGGCGAUGAAGGAGCCCAAUUUGCGAAACGACGCGGUUCUGCAAGGAGGAAAUUGCAGACUGAGAUACAGGCGGAUGGACUGGGAUUUCAUUGGCGCCGGUCACGUUUAUAUCUGAUUUCCCGACUAAUCCAAGCGCCACAUACAUUUCUUUAGCAUCAUCUUGUCUGUUUUAUAACGUAUAUGUAAGGUGCCAAAGAGUUGGGUCUUGUUUGUUCUGUUUACUCAUAAUGUUGCUGUACAAUGUUUUUAUGGUUCAUUACGGCUUCAGUGCUUAAUUUACGUUUUAUCCUGACGAAACUCAUCCACGCAGAGAACGUUUAGUGUCGCAAGCGAUACUUCUGGGAUAAUUCAUUGUCUUUUUACUUUUUAACGCCUUUGUCAUUCGAUGUUUACCGAAUUGUUCUCCGUUACUUUAAGCGGACUAGAAAAAUGCCUUGCGUCCAUCAGAAGAUGUGUAUGUAGGCGAUCUUGAGUCUGAUCGAUCAAGCUAGUGCACGGUAUUAACAGCUUAUGCUGGGAAUAAUCACGUCAAAUAAUCCUUUACUAUUAAUAUUGAUUAGGCUGGCAGGCAGCAUCGUUUGAGUAUCUCUACCUCAGUGCACAAGCUUCCGGCCUAGACCUUCUGCUGUAACGAAAGGUGCCGUCUACACGUAGUGUCGGGGUUGAGGUCUUGGCUGAUUUCCCUCGCAUCUUCAAUUGCCACCGUUGUUUAUUUUCCCAUAACGUGAUUUUUUUGUCCUAAGACUAAUUACAGCCAAGAAUGAAAUGUCUGCUCUUCAGAGAGGUGUCUGGCAUAAUAAUAAUAAUAAUAAUAAUAAUAAUAGUAAUAAUAAUAAUAGGCCUAAUAGUUACAUGACAAGAAUCCGUUGGAAAUUUGACUUGUUCAUAUUCUUCGUUGAGGUUACGGGAAAAUAGCUCCAAAUAUAUCCUUUAUAUACGAUGGCAGAGAUUUGAGACCUGCGUUCUCUAUGCCCCCCACCCAAACUGUCUCCAUGUGCUAACCGUCCAUCGACCGACAUCCAACGACGUCCAAAUCGUUUACUCUGGAUCCUCAUGCAAGGCAUUCUUCUACGCUGCGUCGCUCAUUUUACCGAACUCAUAGGCUGCCACAUUAUGUUGUUAAAGUCAGGAAUUAUUUCGCUGUUCCCACCGAGAUGAAGAAACCUCUUGCAGCUGGAAGGCGAAGGAGCUCUCAGAUUGGCAAGAUCUUUCCCGAUGUGUCGUAUUUUAACCAGCCAGAGAGGCGUUCUCCAAAGACGCUGAAAACACUGGUACGAGUAAUAAAUAAUGGACAAAGAAAUAAACUUUCACUUAAAAACGC